AUGACUGAAACUCCUAUCGAUAGGCCGAUUCAGGAAAAUGACACAGUCACGAAUUCUUUGGCAGAAAGCGCACCUUCGAAUGAGCGCACGCUAACUACAGAAGCACGGAACUUGGAGGAAAACCCUGACAAAAUAGCCGAAGCGUCCGAUGAGCCUCGGACCGGGUCUACGAACCAAAUAGGCACCUCCGAGAGUAAAGAAAACUUUGCCCAAGAUGUUCAAGUGCCUGAUCAAGAUGUACAAGUUUCUGCACAAGCAGAGUCUGGUGUAACAGUGGAUGACGACAACAAUGAAGAAAGAGAUGUCUUAAAAAAAUCCAAAAACCUUGAUAAUGAUGAUAAGAAUGAAGAUCGUGACGAUGACGAAGACUCUAUUAUUGAUAUUGUCUCUGAGAGUGAGGUGAACGAAGCGGCAAAGCAACUCCUCAGUGCUAAAUCACCUCAGAUAAGAGUCAAUUACAGGGACGAGACAUUUUUGCUUCUAGGGGAAUAUGAUGGCGACAACGCUGGAGAAUGGGAAGCAAGCAAAGUGAUAUGUAAAGACUCGGCUGAUCUCCACCGCGGGUGCCAUGUUGUAUUUGGUCGCAUUCGACUCUUUCUUCAGAACAUACAACGCGGAUUGGAUUUGUUGUCGCGGGAAUUACAAAUGGAGUUUCCCGAUCUUGACCUGGUCAUGGAAGAGGAUAACAUGUACAACAAAGACAUUACUAUCAAUGACGUGGUAUCCAUCUUCAAGAUUUUGAAGGACAACUCUAUAAAAAAAUGUGAAGCUGACGUGCCCACUUCCCUAACGAUAAAUGUAAGCACAAAGCCUCGCUUUGUCUCGCGUUACAACUCAUUGGUAGAGAUGCUGAGUGGUGACGCUACUUUUGCAAACAUUCAGGUUUUCAGCAACGAUCAGAGUCAUCCGGUGUUACUAGACGACGCAGAUCAACCCGAAAACAAAAAGACUGAGUAUAUCAUAAUGUCUUCAGACGAUGAAAAAGAUGGUGUACAGAAAGAGGAAGACGAACAGGAGAAUUCAGUGCCCGUUGCCAAUACACCUAUGCAAGAGGACAGCGCCACCUCUGUGGAACCCGAGCCCUCAAGUGCGCUAAAACGGAAAAGAGAUUCAGUGUCUGACGGUCGCGACGCUCUUGAGGAGAAAUUCAAAUCGACCGAUGUCGAGGCGACUUGA